AUGGGGAUUCCAGGACUCCUCAAUGCAAUUGGGCCUGGAGAGCGCAUAUCUCUUUCAAAGCUAGCAAUAACCCACCUAGAGCGAACAGCAAGGCCUAUUCGUGUUGCAGUGGAUGUCUCAAUAUGGUUAUUCCAGGUGCAGGCAGGCCGUGGCGGCAAAAAUCCGGAGCUACGGGCUCUGUUCUACAGGUUGCUGAAAUUUUUAGCCCUUCCUGUUCACCCGUUGUUUGUCUAUGACGGGAAACAUAAACCACCCUUCAAGAGAGGCAAAGCUACGGGAAGUAGUUAUGGAAGUGCACCCAUCAUUGGGCUUUCCAAGAUCUUGGUCGAUCUGUUCAGAUUUCCUCGUCAUGAUGCGCCCGGGGAGGCAGAGGCGGAGUGUGCCAGGCUACAGACGGCAGGUGUCGUCGAUGCGGUUAUGAGCAACGAUGUUGAUGCUCUCAUGUUUGGGUCAAAGUUGACCAUUAUGAAUUACUCCAAGGAAAGCGGGAGUGGCACGUCUGCCGCAACGCACGUUACCUGUUAUGAAAUGGGAAACCUUAACUCAUCCUCAUGCUCAAGACUGGACCGUGCUGGCAUGAUCUUAUUUGCUAUGUUAAGCGGAGGCGAUUACCUGCCAUCCGGAGUUCCGAAGUGUGGUAGCAAGCUCGCUGCAGAAAUUGCAAGAGCGGGUUUCGGGGAGGAUCUUUUGGAAAUUCUCAACUCAGAAGGAAUUGAGCUCAAUACAAAGCUGAACGAAUGGAGAGAAAGGCUCCAGUAUGAGCUUGAGGUCAACGAAAGUGGCUAUUUUCAGACCAAACACAAAGCUGUUCGAAUUCCGGAAAGCUUUCCAGACAGGACAGUCUUGUCGUAUUAUGCCAAACCUAUAGUAUCAACUUCGAACGAUCUUGAAGUUUUACAACACCGCUUGGAGACUGCCUGGGACCGGGAAAUUGAUGCUUUCGAAUUAAGAAGAUUUGCUGCGGAUACUUUCGAGUGGAACUAUCGCUCUGGGGCAAGGAAAGUGAUAAGGUUACUUGCCGAACCUCUCGUUUCUUACCGACUUCGUCUCCGGAAGGACUUGACAGCGUUUCCUUUCAGGUUAUCUGAAAACGAUGUGCCAAUGCUUCAGAAAGUUUAUAAGAGCAGGACGAGUUUCAGCACAGAUGGAUUAACAGAGCUGCAACUUGAAUUUGUUCCUAUUGAUAUUGUUGGCUUAGAUCUGCUCGCUGAGGAACCUAAUCCUCCACUUCCUCCGCAAGAGACGGCGGCUUCGGGCGAUGAGGAGGAGGAUGUAGAAGUUAAUGUUGAGCCUGCUCCGCAGUCACCGGCUAAGAAACGUGCCACGAAGCGGUUUGAUCCUUAUUCCUCAGAGAAAAUUUGGGUGUUUGAAACGUUGGCUACGAUUGGAAUCCCAGAAGUUGUGCAAAGUUGGAAGCAGGAAGAGUCUGAGAAGGCCUCUGCUCCUAAGAAGUCAAGCACUAGGAAGACAGGGCCAAAGAAGAAGGGACCAAUAGAUCCAGGCAUGAAGCGAGGAAGUAUCCUGAAAUAUGGUACUCUCACCAAAGAAAGAUCUGAGAUCACGCAAAUAAAACAGGCGCAGCUCUUUGAAGCAGCAAUAUCAUCAACGUCGACGCCGAAAAAGCACAGUGCAUCGAAUGUGCAAGGCCCCCUGAGCGCUUCCAGAGAAUUGCCUAGCCAAGGCCCGUAUUACCAACAGCAAACGGCCGCUUACAACCGAGACGAAUAUUUUGAUAAUUUAACCAAUAUGUUCUCUUUAUGCAAUAUAUCACCUAACGUGGGCAUCAAACGGCAUCCAGUGACUACUCGGCCCCCUCUCAGAGGUAGACGUGAGGCAGUCCUCUCGGGCGACUCUGAGGUAGAGGCUUUGGAAGUUUCAGAGUCUUUGGAAUGCUCCCCACCUUCUUCAUCUCCAAGGAGAAUCCGUAUAAGCUACUCCAAUGUUAGCUAUAAUGACAUGACCAUAACAGACAAUAUGGAGCGUGUUCCCUCUAUACAUGCGAAGUACUGCAACAGGGCAAAGCCCGAUCAAAGCAAAUUCAAAUCUCAGAGCUCUCAAGGGGUCCAGAAACUGGAGCAAGACAUGUCGUCGUUGCUUUUGGACGAUAGUAAACCACAUGGAUCUGCCAAAGAACGAUCACAUCCAUCGAAGAUUGCCAUACCUGAUGCUAAGCGGCAUCUGCAAAAGCCAGCGAUUAAAAAGCCACAUUAUGAUUGGACUAUCCCCAAAUCUCGGCCAGAUGGUGGCCCGAUAGAUUUGGAAGAAGUUAGGCCGCCUAAUGUCCCGGAUAUUCUGGAGAAAAUGGCUUUUGGAAAGCGUACAACGCAAAGGAAAGGCAAGGUGGAGACCCUUACCACACCACCAAAGGCAUGCAAGAAGGACACUUCAGAGCCUGCAAAGCCGGAAACAAAGACAAACAAUUCAAGAUAUCUAAAGAACGACACUAACACAGCCAGUUCUUAUGCAGAAUCUGUCGUGGUUUCCGAUGGGUACUGGACACUAGACACAACUCCAGAAGCUGGGAUGGCCUCAGAUGAAUCAAAAUCUGAAGUUGACAAGAACACCACGAAUGAGAGUUUAAGAAGUCGCAGAGGCAAGAAACGACUCCCACGCGUGAGCAUUUUGGACCUUAGUUGA